GUUCGUCUUCUGGGAUGCCGAUCCAUUCGGAAUUCAACCCCAACUCGACAGCUGCUGGAUUAUUAUUAGCCAGCUGGUUGGAUAGUGGCUGCAGCAGUCAGUCAGCACCCACGCAGUAAGCUGUGUCUUCAGCCGCCCAUCAGCCUUUAAAUGGUCUUUUUUUUCAGUUAAUAAGCAACCCUUGGGAAAACUUUCCUCUCAUUUAGUGACGAAGUUGUCUUGUUUUAAAUUCAGAGCCGCAAGAAUUACAUCUGGAAGCAGUUUUCCACGUCUUGAUCUCUCCCUGAUCAUAGCAUUCCAAAGAAGUCUUCGUUGGGUAGUCACGUAAACUGCGUGCCGGACCACGAGGCCACAGACACUAUUUGAAUGCUGAUCAAUACAGUCAUAGAUUCAUGGGCAUGGCUUCCUCAGAAACAAAGGCUUCCAACGGCGGCCAAGGUUCAGUUGAAGAGAGUUUCGGUUCCCAGGAUCGAAUCAAAUACAGGAUCGAGUAUCUUAGUACAGUUACUCCGGGUGCAGCUUCAGGAUCGGAUGAAGACGAGUCCUCUACCAACAAUGAAGAGCCAUUCAUUAUGGAAUAUGUAGAAGUGCGCUAUACAACGGAACCGUUUGAUUCUGGGCCUGCCAAGGAACGGAACCCACGACAAUACCACACGCAUACCAAGGGCCAUUCUUAUAUCACGAUUUUGUCUUCUGCCUUGAUAGAAGCUCUCAGAUGUGUUGUGGACUAUUAUCCAGACGUAAAUUUAUCUGGACAUACUGUUCGAAUAUACGAACCAUUCUGCAUUUUUGUCUUCUACGAGAAAGAGCUCACAGAGCUCCGGAAACGCCUGGAAGCCUGCCAGUCUGACGAUAGACUGUUGGCUUGUAAGAAUCGGCACGCAUAUGAACACAUUGGCGUUGUCCAGAACUUUGUGAGGGACCGUGUGCAGAAAGAUGUCGAUGCGGAGAGAGAACGGCAUUCAAGAGGCUACGCCACUUUCGACAUGCUAUGGCUGCUUUACAAACCAGGCACGGACCACUACACCGACUUAGCUGACAUUGGCGAACAUGAACCAUGGGUGUUGGAAAGCUGCAAAUUCCGCAUAAACAAUGGCACUACCAACCGUUAUGAAGCUCGAUGGUGGAAGUUAUCUGCCAAUCCCGGCUUGAUCGGUCCUUUUACCGGCCAAAGGUUCAUUAACAGGUUUGCUGGAGAGAAAGAAAUCGUCUCAAUGGUUUCAUUCCCUUGCGAGUACAUGUCACGUUCCAAGGAGAUUGAAAUCGGCGAUUCAGAGAAAAUCCGACAACAUUUCGUGAAGCGCGGGAAGGCGUGGUAUGACAUCCAGCGCAGCAAGAAAUGUUACCAGUUCGACGGCAUUACGACAAGGUACCCGAGAGUAUCGAUCAACAGUCUCAUUAUGAUCGACUCCGAAAGUCUAAGCUCUGACCUGUCGAAGGAGGCGGACUUACAACCUGCCACCUUGGUGGAGACCGUUGCACAUCCCACCGCGCCUUACAGACUCUGUAGGUGCGAUUUAUGUGAAGAGUAUAUUUAUCGAAACAUUACGACGCCCAAGUUCUCCGGAUACUCGAAGUUCAGUCCAUUCGCCGUCGAAGAAUUAACUGAGCAUCAAUAUUUCCUAUGUGAUAUGGAAGUGCACGCAUUUGUGUUCAAGCUCAGAAUAUGGGAAGCUCUACACGUGACCGGAGUCAAGGAGGCGGAGUUUGACACAGCUUUGUUUGAGAAGCUUGUUCUAAACGAAUUCACCAAGAAGAUGAUCAAGGACCUGACAGAGAUGUACAUAAGAGACACUGCGAAGCCAACCACAGGUAACGACACGUACAUUAAACUCACUUCCGUUCACAAAACCAUAGGGCCGAAGGAGGAUGUCAAGACAUGGUCCGCAGACUUCGUUCGAGGCAAAGGGGAGGGUCUCACAAUACUGCUCCACGGAAAGCCUGGAGUUGGGAAAACAUAUACGGCAGAAUGUAUCGCAGACUACACGAAGCGCCCGCUAUUGUCGCUAACAUGCUCGGACAUCGGCGUGGAGCCCACCAAAGUCGAGCGUAACCUUAUCCACUGGUUCGACAUAGCCCAAGUUUGGGGCGCUAUUGUCCUCAUCGAUGAGGCCGACAUCUUCAUGGAAGAGCGGCAGCCUCAAGACCUCGCCCGCAAUCACUUGGUCGCCGGGUUCUUAAGAGCUCUAGAGUAUUUCAAGGGGAUUGUCUUCUUGACCACCAACCGCGUCGGCACGUUCGACGAGGCGUUCAUAUCUCGAAUCCACGUAUCCAUCUAUUAUGGCGAAUUCACACCAGAACAGCGAAUCAAGGUCUGGGACACCUUUUUCGAGAAGCUCGAGCUGGAUCGAGAAAGCACGAUGCGCAUUCUAUCCUCUGCAAAGGAUUACGUGCAGUCCUCCGAGCUUCAGAAUUUGAAGUGGAACGGGCGAGAAAUCAGGAACGCAUUCCAAGUGGCCGUUGCGCUCGCCGAGGCGCAAGGGCAGAAAGACGACAAAGGUCGUAUUCUCAUCAAGAAAGAACACGUCAAGGCGACCGUGGAUAUGUCUAAAGAAUUCAGUGACUACUUGAAGCGUGUUCACAGGCAUGAUAUGAGCAAGAAAGCGGCUUUAAUGGGUAUCAGAAACGAUGCAUAUGACUCAAGUCAGGGCAGCAGCAGUAAUUUACCCAGAAAGUAGGGCGCUUUUUGGGGGAGAGUUGCAGAUGACACCUGAUGCUGUCUACAUCGAUAGAGAGUGACGGACAAGACGAUAACAGCUUGCGGAGAUAGCCUUGAAAUGGUCAUAUUAGAGGUGCAUGAUUCAGAUUUUACCUGAUCGAAAAUCGCGACCGUCUAUAAUUCUCUUCGCGAUCUGACACGAUGCAACCAAUUCUACAGUGUUCUGGGCUUCGACGGCCCGGAAGGAUGCGAUCUCCUGCUUACUGGC